AUGUAUUACGUAAUUUCAGCACAGUUCUAUGAAACAGAAGAGCGAUUUCAUCGCAGAAAACUUAACAUCGGUGUUGACACCAUUCAGCAUGGGGUAGAAGGACUAACGUAUCUUCUUACUGAAAGCUCCAAGCUUAUGAUUUCUGAGAUAGACUUCCAAGAUUCCAUUCAUGUUCUGGGAUUCUCAGAUGAAUUGAACAAAUUAUUGCUCCAGCUGUACCUUGAUAACAGGAAAGAGAUCAGAAGCAUUCUGAGUGAGCUGGCACCAAAGCUUCCCAGCUAUCACAGUCUUGAAUGGAGACUGGAUGUGCAGCUUGCAAGCAGAAGUUUGAGACAACAGAUUAAGCCUGCCGUGACUAUAAAGCUACAUCUUAAUCAGAAUGAAGAUCAAACUGCCCAAGUGUUGCAAACCGACCCUUCUACCCUCCUCCACCUAAUUCAGCAACUGGAACAAGCAUUGGGGGAAAUGAAAACAAACCAUUGCAGGAGAAUAGUGCGCAACAUGAAAUAGUAUUGAUUCGUGGCCAUUGUCUUACUAAGCAGUUUGUGAAACAACUAAAACCAAUGUUCACAAAUACAUUUUGAGGGGAAAAAAAAAACAUCUGGAUCAGAUGAAAUGCUUUCCUGUGCCAGGAUCUUGAGCCAGUAAUUAUAGGCUGAAUGUCUGUAGGUGCUAACUUUACACACCUGCCUGAUAUGAGAUAGGUAAUUGGUUUUGCUUUACUUGCAAAUGUAGAAAUUCAGCAUGCUAUGCUGAGAAUUUCUUUAGCUCUAAAUUAGUAUAGUACUACUUGAAGAAUUUUCCUACAUUAAGUAGAGCUGUCACAAUAUUGUAUGAAGCUGCACAUUUAUUUUUACAUUUAUCAAGUAGGUUUUUUCCCUGGGUUUUGCUUCUCUUUUGAAAUUAAAAAAAAAAAAACCCAAAAAAACUGUACUGGUGGGAAUGAUACUUUACAGGAAUGUUUCUUCCAUCUAGACUCAUGUAUGCGUAAGAGUACCUGUGGGACUGCUGCCCUCUUCCUCCAAAAGAUUCAGUCAACUCAGAGGCUGGGUGUUACACUGCUUUUCUACCCUUAUAUAAUGAAAGAAAGCAUAAUCAAGCUAAUGCUUCCAUUUUAACAAAGCUAGCUAUAACCCCUACUAGGCAGUCUCAUGCUUUCUGCAGGUAGCAGUUACCAUAGAAAACCAGUGGCCUAAACAUAAGUUAGCAUACUGGUUAUUUCUAGAUGUAGAAGUGAUCUGAAAAAUUGCAAAAAUAAAACCAUGGGCUAGGAGGUAGGUUAAGAAUAGCGUUAACUUCUGCUAAAUCUGAUCUUCAUGCUGUGACGCAACAAUUUUUGUUCCCCCAUUUGGAUAGCGUGCUCAUAAAGGAAAGACUAGCUAAGUAUUGCAACAUAAAUGAUGCUUUUCCAUUUUUAAGAAAAAUGUCUAACAAAGGUUAUGUCAAAAGUCACUUUUCAAUUGUAUUCUAAUGCAAUAUUUUGUAGCUUUUGUGACUAAGGUUAACUAGUUUUACUAAUUAAUGUUUUACUGUCACUAGUGAGGGUGCAUCAUAAAGCCCUUAAAGUAUAUUGGGGAGGACAAAUAGACAAGAGAGAACCUUAACAUACAGAUUCUGUCAAUAACUGUAUAUCUACUGUCUUUCAUAGCAAAGCCAUAAAUUUAUGUAUUAAUUGGGUUCCUACAUUUACAAAUGCAUUAUUUUCUUACUGUUUUGAACUUUUUGUACCUUUGAGAGGUACUAUUUCAGAUGAAACCUGCAUGGCAGAAGUGCUUUAAUCAAUAACACUACCACUUUAAAAAAGUCAGUUUUCUAGAAUAUGGAGUUGCUUAUUCUCUAAUUGCUUUAUAUAGUGUGGCAAUGGUGUGAACAAACUUAAUUUCCUCUCCCAUAUAUUAAUCAGCAAUGUGUUUCAUUUACCAUCCAUAUGUGGUGACUUUUUUCAUAGAAUCAUAGAAUUUUCUUCACAUACAGUAUGUGGUAAUUAAAUGUCAUCAAAUGUUACUACAUGGGAUUUCUGAUUAGUAUUUUUUUAUGUAACUGGCUUACAUUUUCAGGUGAAAUACAAGAACAGCCUCUAUGUAGGCCAGUGUUUUCUCUUUAUUCCGUCUCUCCUCACUAUAGCCAUAGUCUAGAACUCAUGGCAGCAAAAUAGACAUUUUAGAUAUAAGUCCUAGAAGCUUUUCGUGUCUCAUCUCACUACUGCCCUAUGAAUCUGAACAUAUUUACCUUUCUGUCUCUUAAACUUUUUUAAAAAAGAAAACUAGCUGCUGUAGAGCUAGUUGGCACCAUGGUAAAUGCUGGCAAUUUACAUGUAUGUCAUGUCCUGAAGCAUGUGCUAGAAGAGAAGGGGAGGGUUUUCCUCAGUUGCCAUGAGUAAAAUAGUUCAAAGCAGGUUUUGUGAAUACAGAAUGUCAUUGGAAAGCCUGCAUAUUCCCUUUUUUUUGAAGCUUAUUACAAUAGUGUAGAAGUAAAAACUGUGACACUGAAUGGUCUUGUUUUCUCUAACAAAAAAUCACCUGAAUUGAGGAUGGUCAAGGUUAAACUUUGAAGCUGGGUGAAAUUUAGAGAAACUCAAACUGGCAAUGAUCCAUGAACAGACUCAAGAAGAAAAGUAAGGAGAAAUACCCUUUACACCAAGCACGUUGCUUUUGAAUUGUACCUUUCAGUUUGUUCUGGAGAGAAGUACUGAGCCUGGAAAAGCAGCUUCUCAGCAGCUAGGGAUUUUAGCUUAAUUAUUAGAAAGGUAGAUUUGCCUUUAUGUGAGGUUGGAAUGGGUCUUUCUACAGCUCUGCAAAUUCCCUCUUUCCCUGUCUUCAUAGCACACACGGCAACUACCAAGGGCUUUGCAGCUGCAAUGACAGAAGUACUAAUGUGCGGACAGAGCAGAAUUCUAUCUAAAACAUGACGAUUAGUGCGAACGCACAGCAAAUGACACUUACUGCUGUUGAUGUAAUCAUACCGAUUUGAGUUACCAAUGUUGGAAUUACGGUACUUGUAUAGCUGCUGUUUUGUAGGGCACUUGAAGCUGGAGAGUCAAAAAGCAUCUACUUCAGUAACCCAAAGAUAGUGGUAAAGUAAGAAUUCACUCAUGGAUCUGGAUUUUUCAGUUUUAAUGUAAACUAUCCAAAAUUAAAGGUGAUAUAAAGCUAUAUUUAAUAUAACUUGUUUCCUCUCAUGAAUUUGCAAUUUCUUUAUAGAAACCCUUGAACCAGACAUGGAGAGUACAAAGCAUUAAUCACAAGGUAUUAAAAAAAAAAAAAAGAAAUGUGUAACAUUGCUACUUUUAACCCAUUUUAUUUUUAACAGGCUUUUUAAAAUUUGCUCUGGUAUCUCGCCACUAAAAGCAAAGUUAAAUUUGAGGCCAUUUCUCUACUUUUUUUUUUUUUGCAAGUCUGGAAGAACUGAUUGUUGAUUUUAUAACAGAAAAAGGUGACUUUCAACUUCUUAAAAAGUUAAGUAACUGAUUUGUAGGCAGUGCAGCAUUUUAAUCUUGAAGCAAUUUACAAACAUCAGUUAAGUCCUGAAUAAUCUGUAAGGAAGUUGAGCAUAUUACUAUUUCAUCUUUAGAAAUCUAUUAAGCAUGGAACAUAAUCUAUUAUCCUCAGUGUAGAACUUCUGUAUGUUUUGUUUUACAGAAAAUUUAACUUUGUUUUGCAGAACUGCCCUUCCUGUGUAUGACAAGUAACUUCUGGUUUUAGGAAGUAAGCAACUUGUGAAUGGCUCCCUAGCACCUUUUUGAUAGACCACUAAAUUCAGGCGAACUCUGUGCCAGUGCAGAGUCCAAGUGCAUAGAACAACUAAAAAUCCAACUAAUUUAAGCAUAAACUAGAUUAUUUUUUUAAAAGCAGAGUUAGGCUCAGCCCUUAGCUAUAUGCUUCUCAACAGAUUUGCGUCCCAGUUUAUUUUUUCCCGGUCUAAACAGCAGAGGGCAGAAAGUUUGUUUUUUAUAAUCUACAAAGGGAAAGUUUAGCUAUACAAUCAUUUUCGGUGUUUGUCUUCUGGUAAGAAUUGUUCAUAGACUCAAGACUUAGCCUGGAAUGUAUUUCACCUUAUAUUGUCCAAAUUAGUGAUCAAUUUUUAACUGAAACUAAUAAAACUUCCAGUUUUCAACCAUUGUAAAGCAUUGUUUCUUGAAUCUGCUAAUUAAUUUGUUAGGCCACUUAGGAAAGAACAUAAUAAAACCCAAUUCUUAUAACUCAGGAUGACGUAAUUUGUUUGGUGGUGUAAAAUGUUUACAUUCUUUUAAGCAUUGAGUAAACUCAAGAAGCAAUGCUUUUCUUCCUCCUGUUUUCUUUUUAAAUCCUUUUGAAUGAACUCUGUACGAUCACUGUCUGUUUUGUAAAAUCUGUUGUUCAAGUUUCUGGUCCAAGUUUAAUCAAUUCCCCAUCUCCAAAACGUAUGUAGACUCUCUACAAGCUUUAUUUUCUUGUACUUUUGCUUGUCCCUGCCACGCUUUCUUGCAA